CGCCCCGAGCCCCGGCCCCCUCUUCUCACCUUCAGGCUGGGCCUCAGGGGGGGCCAGGCCUUCCAGGGUUGUCAGGCUCAUGUGGACGGUGUCUUCAUGGCCACAGCUGGCGGUGCCGUGCUCCCCACCAGCCCGGCAGAGGACCCCGGGGAGCGGCCUGCGUGGAGGUUCCUCGGGAGGCCUUCUGCCUUCCUCACCCAGCUCCUGGCGGGUCUCAGGUUCUGCAGGCUUGGCAGAGGCCAUCUCUGCCGCGACGACGCCUGCGGCCUCGGCCUCGGCCCCGGGAGAGCGGGAUGCAGCAGAGCCAGUCCAUCCCUCCUCCGUCCUCUCCUGGACUGGACCAGAAGACCCACUUUCCAAAGAGAUUGGCUGGAGUUCCCACUGGGGCUCAGUGGGUUCGUGCUCCAGUCGUGUCUGUGGAGGCACCCGUUGGAUCUCCAGCCCUGUGCGGUGGGGAAAGGAUCGGGCAUUUCGGCAACGGUGCUGUGGGUCGUAGGCGCGGCUCAGAUUCCAUCCCUGGUCGGGAACUUCCAUGUGCCACAGGCCUGCCGGCCCCCUCGCCACCCGCCUCAGCAGGCCUCUUCCAGGGCUGCUCCCCCCGGGGGGUCCUGCCAAGCUGCCCCCGCCCCCUCGGCCUCCAUGGGACCCUGGCUCCUGCGGGAUCUCGUCGAGCCCUUCUCCAGGCCUUCCUUGCCCCUGCCUGACCCUCCACACUCGGCUCAGCACCCGCUCGUCCGCUGGGGGCCUUGCCCGGCUGUUUGGCCUCCUCCCGGAGCCGUGAGUGUCACAGGCCCGGAAGGGUCCAUCCUGUCAGCCGUGGAUGAGCUGGACGGCCAAGGGGGAGCCCUGGGUCCUGGCUGGAGGACAGAGCCUGUAUCAGGGUCCGGAACGCCUCGCUGUCCCUCAGCCGUGCCACCACCCCACAGCCCCUGCCGGGGAGGAGGCACACAGGACCUGCUAGCGUGGCCCCGCUUUCAGGCCCAGGAGCAUUAUGGGGAAGAGAGUCCCAACACGGCAGAGGUCUUGCUCCCCCUCAACCUGGGCAUCAGAGCCAACCCCACCCCCACCCCACCUCCCUGCUGCCCCCAGAGCUGA